CUCACCCUCUAGUACACUCAAAGUUCAAACAAUUUUCCGGUGAACUGUGAACGUCUUCGCUGUAUUAUCACUUCUUUGGUUCAGAUUAGAAGUCACUAUUGAGACAAAGAGAAAAUAGCAUGUGGAAAGGAUAAAAGACUACAGAAGAGGCGAGGAAGUUGUCGUAGGCCUACUAUAGAAGAGGCAAGCAAGGUGUACCCAGGGAGGCCUGACUAGGUAUACCCGGUAAACUGCCCGCCAAGUUCAGAGAUGAAGACGGAUUUAAACUCAGAGAUGGAGACGGAUUUAAACUCAGAGAUGAAGACGGAUUUAAACUCAGAGAUGGAGACGAUGGAUUUAAACUCGGAGGUGGAGAAGAUGGAUUUAAACUGCAGUUCAAGUUCUGUCGGUUCAAAUGAAAGCACAACGGUACCCACCACUAGCUUUUAUGGGAAAAAAAAUGUAGCGAACGAUUACCCACUGGUUAAGAUAAAAAAAUUGCCAGCUUCUCUCAUUGAAUAUUACCUUGGAAAGCCACCUAACGAGGCCAGAGAUGUAUUUAAACCAAAAUUGUCAAAAGUCAAAAGAAAACUCUUGCCUGUUAUAGGUUCAGAUGCUACAAGACAUAAUAUAAAGCCUUUGUCAGCCAAAAAAAGAAAACAGAAUGAGAAAAUGAAGCAAAAUAAAGAAAUUUUAUUGGAGAUUGAAAGAUUGCCAGUUUCUGUCAUUGAAUAUUACCUAGGAAAGUCUAGUGAGGGUGAAGAUGUAGUAUGUGGACCAGAAUUGUCAAGAGCUGAAGGACAUGAGAUAGAGGAUAACACUGAGGAUAAAAAUGGUCUUUAUGUUUUUGAGGUGAAACGAAGGAAUCCCAGAAGAAAGGCAGCAAGUGAUUGCUUUAUAAAGAUGACGCAGGCAUGCAAUACUGAGCAAUUGAGUACUAAAUCAAGAUCAAAACGUGAUAAUUGGGUUACACACGAGGUGCGAAAAAAUCCCCGCAGAAAAGCAGCACUUGAAACUUGCGAAAAGAUAACCAAGGCUUACCAGGACAUGGAUGAUACAGAGGACUUUGAUGAUACCAGUAGCGAAGAUGUAAAGAAGUCUUCAAAGCGUAAAGAAGUCAAUGAUGAUGCCAGUUACUACAGUGACAGUGACUCUUCCCUCAGCAGCGAUGAUGUAAAGAAGCCUCCAAAGGUUAAAGAGAGUAAGUUUGGUGAAAUACCUGAACCUGAAUUUUCAGAGUAUGAGAAAGCUGCUCAGGCAAAAUUGGCAUCACAUAAGGAUUUCCUUAAAUCUCUCAGUAUACAAUCAUGGGAUGAAAUAUAGAUGUUCAUCAACAAGUGAAAAGUGAGAUUCUUUGACAUGAGAAUUUUAAGCGAAACCUACGGUAAUCUUAAUGAUUUGUACAAGUUUUUAUUUUUUUUUUAUUUACUAAAAUUUUAGGUUGGUUGUUGAGUUGCUGUAGGCAUAUUCUAAUUUUACAUUUUAGUAAUAGGGUUUAAUUUUGUCUUGCUUCAGAACCAUUGGACAAGGUUCCAUAAAGAUAAUUUUUAUUUAUAUUUUAUCUUUGUUAGCCUGAAACAUGGCUUAGGCUAGGCUCCACUAUGCAGUUUUAUGUUUGUAAAACCUAAUUAAGGCUAAAUAGAAAUUCACUAUACAUAUCACAUGCGGAAAAUAGCAUGUUAAGAAAAUUAAGAUCUUUAAAAAAAGGAUAGUAUUCUUCUGUAGUACAAAAAGGAAAAAAAUAUUUGAGAAAACUCACCUUCACUCUUGAUGAGUUCCUAUCAGAGCUAGGCUACAAAACUAUACUGAAUAAUUCAUAUUAUAGUAUUAGUUUAGUUUUUGAGCACGCAUCGAUUACUUUGUAGAGAAGUAUGCAUCUGUUGUAAAUUAUGUGUAUAUUGUGAUUACUAUGUACUUAUAUAAAAAAUCUUUGCACAAGUUUGUUAUAAGUCUCUGUGAUGAAUAAUUUUGUUGGAUACUUAAUAUGGUGUCUGAGAUGUGGUAAAAAAUAAUUAACCUUACAUUACAUGUACUAAAGUCAUUUGGUUGUUAUAAUGGUAAAGAAUGGACAAAUAGUGUAUAAUUGUAAAAAUUGGCCAAAAAUACAUGGUUAAAUAUAGAAAAUACAUACUGGUAAAAAAAAAGCUCUGAUCUUUAGUCUUUAUCAUUGCAGAUGUAAAUGUAAGGUAAUUGUAUGUAGUAAAUACUUAUCAUGGUUUUCUUAGAAGUAUUGAUAGGUAGGAUGUAGACUCAGCUUCUUUACAACAGUUUCAGUGUAAUGUAGAUAUACAACAGAUUUGGCUGCCAUGGUGAGUUUGAGUAGCGUAUUAUUCUUGAAAUUAGAAAUAUUUUUAUGGUAUUGUUGGUACUGUAGAAUUGCAUUAUGUUCAAAAAAAUUUUCAUGUUGGUAAAAAAUGGUGUUGGUUGAAUAAGUUUAUUCAGCAGAAUGGCUCAAAAAUGGUUUUAAUUGACUAAGUUUAUGCAGGUGAAUGACCCUGUAUUCUUUUCCAGCAGUAAUGUAUUUUAAUAAUGAGUCAUGUUAUAAAUUUUAGCAUUAUUUCUCUUGUCUUUGUACUUCACUGAGUUUUUUUACCAUCUGUAGAAAGAUCAGGAUGGAGGCUUUUUCUUAUGUUUGCAGCCAUGUUGCGAGUAUUGCACCAGCACUGAAGGUUACUUGCAGUUUUUAUUUUGCCCCAUCUAUUUUUUUUUUCCAUCAGGCAGUCCAGCUGGAACUAUAUAUACUUCAAUUCUCAUCUUAUUUUAAAACAGCCAUUCCUGAGAUAGUCUAGGAAUGUGGUUGCUGGUCAUGUUAAAGGACUUUAAUCAGUUGAUAUUAUUAGCUCAUAUGCCUUAUAAGGGUAAAAUUACUUUUGUAGUGGUCAUACUGUGAUUUAUAUGUUAACACAAACAUCACAAGCUAUUGUCCCAAAUCGAGAUUGACAUUAACAUUUCUUUUAUUUCUGACGUUACAGUUCCAUAACAGAAUUGAGAUUCUGUUUCAGGUUUUGUUAGAAAUAGGAAGUUUGAAUUAAAAAGUUAUUUUUUAAUAUGGAACACUGAAUUAAACCAUUAUUUUUUAAUGCUUAAAUAGACAUUAUACAGCUGUACUGCAAAGUGCCAUGUAAAUUUAUGACAACCCUUUUUUUUAUAAUCCUGUUUUUAUGUAGCACUUAUGGAAUAUGAAAAUAGUGCAGUCAUACAAAAGAACUACUAAGAAAUAUUUCUCAUACACAGGAGUGUUCUGUAACUCAUUAGCAAAUUGCAUAUUUGGUUUCCAAUUGAUUUAGCAGUAAUCUUAAGCCGCGUCCACAGGGUUGAGCUUUGCUCGAUGUGACCUCAGAAGCGGGAAAAGUCAGAACCUUACCCACGGUUUCUCCACUUCUGACGUCACAUCGAGCAGCGUCGUUGAGCAAAACUCGGGCCUCUAGUGACGAGGCGGCAGAUUUGUCAAUAACUUGGUGGUGUUUGUAUUAAGCAACUAAUAUCUUAUGUAC